UUCUGCGGCACGUGACGGUCGGGCCACCUCCACUACUGUCUCCACUGCAGCACAGGGCCAGGUGCGCGGGCGGGAGGAGGCGCGGGUGCCGCCAGCGGUUCCCGAAAGGCUCAAGACCAUGGAAGGGAAAUGGUUAGUCUGUAUAUUGCUGGUAUUUGGAAUUGCUGCCAUUCAAGCUCAUGAUGGACAUGAUGAUAUUGACAUUGAGGAUGCCCUUGACGAUGUCAUUGAAGAGGUAGAAGACUCAACAUCAAAAUCAGAUACCAGUACUUCUUCAUCUCCAAAGGUUACCUACAAAGCUCCAGUUCCAACAGGGGAAGUGUAUUUUGCAGAUUCCUUUGACAGAGGAACUCUUUCAGGGAAAGUGGGAGGUAGAUGAGAUGAAGGAAACAAAGCUUCCAGGUGAUAAAGGACUUGUGUUAAUGUCACGAGCCAAGCAUCACGCCAUCUCUGCUAAACUGAAUAAGCCCUUCGUGUUUGAUACCAAGCCUCUCAUUGUUCAGUAUGAAGUUAAUUUCCAAAAUGGAAUAGAAUGUGGUGGUGCCUAUGUGAAAUUGCUUUCUAAAACUCCAGAACUCAACUUGGAUCAGUUUCAUGACAAGACUCCAUAUACAAUUAUGUUUGGUCCAGAUAAAUGUGGAGAGGACUAUAAAUUGCACUUUAUCUUCCGACACAAAAACCCAAAGACAGGUUCAUAUGAAGAAAAGCAUGCUAAGAGACCAGAUGCAGAUCUGAAGAGCUAUUUUACUGAUAAGAAAACUCAUCUUUAUACAUUAAUCUUGAAUCCAGAUAAUAACUUUGAGAUACUGGUUGAUCAGUCUGUUGUGAACAGUGGAAAUCUGCUAAAUGACAUGACUCCACCUGUAAAUCCAUCACGUGACAUUGAGGACCCAGAAGACCGGAAACCUGAGGACUGGGAUGAAAGACCAAAAAUAGCAGAUCCAGAUGCUGUUAAGCCAGAUGACUGGGAUGAAGAUGCCCCUGCUAAAAUUCCAGAUGAGGAGGCUAUAAAACCUGAAGGCUGGCUAGAUGAUGAGCCAGAAUAUGUACCUGAUCCAGAUGCUGAGAAGCCAGAGGAUUGGGAUGAAGAUAUGGAUGGAGAAUGGGAGGCUCCCCAGAUUGCUAACCCUAAAUGUGAGUCGGCCCCUGGGUGUGGUGUCUGGCAGCGACCUAUGAUCGACAAUCCCAAUUAUAAGGGUAAAUGGAAGCCUCCCAUGAUUGACAAUCCUAACUACCAGGGGAUCUGGAAACCCAGGAAAAUACCAAAUCCUGAUUUCUUUGAAGAUCUGGAACCUUUCAAAAUGACUCCUUUUAGUGCUGUUGGUUUGGAGCUGUGGUCCAUGACUUCUGACAUUUUUUUUGAUAACUUUAUCAUUUGUGGUGACAGAAGAGUAGUUGAUGAUUGGGCCAGUGAUGGAUGGGGUCUGAAGAAAGCUGCUGAUGGGGCUGCAGAGCCAGGAGUUGUGGGACAGAUGAUCGAAGCCGCUGAGGAGCGCCCAUGGCUUUGGGUGGUCUACAUUCUCACUGUAGCUCUACCUGUGUUUCUUGUUAUCCUCUUCUGCUGCUCAGGAAAGAAGCAGUCUAGUGCUGUGGAGUACAAGAAGACUGAUGCUCCUCAACCAGAUGUGAAGGAGGAAGAAGAAGAAAAGGAGGAGGAAAAGGACAAGGGAAAUGAGGAGGAAGAAGGUGAAGAAAAACUUGAAGAGAAACAAAAAAGUGAUGCUGAAGAAGAUGGUGGCACUGGCAGUCAAGAGGAGGAAGAUAGAAAACCUAAAGCAGAGGAGGAUGAAAUUUUGAACAGAUCACCAAGAAACAGAAAGCCUCGAAGAGAGUGAAACAGUCUUAAGAACUUCAUAAGUGAUUUCCUGUUCUCCCCCUUUCCCCGCAAGUGUGGUCCUAGGAAGAUCCUGGCACACCUUAGGUUGAAACUCAGAAAAACCUCAAGACAUCACCAUCAACAGGUUCCAGUUGAACACUAGCCCAUGUAUUUUUGAACAUCUAGCAGUAAACAAUUGCAGUUGUGACAGAAGAGACCUUGUUUUUUUAGAAAGCAUUUAACAUUAUGGUUGUAAAGUGUAACAUGAAGCAACUAACUUGUAUUUUUGUUUUUAAACAUCUUUGGGUUUGUUUUUUUUUUUUAAAUAGAGUGAUAGAACUUUGCCAAUCUUUAAAAUCUUGGCUUAAUUUAAUAUAUUAAUCUGUCCAUACAGAAAUAACACCAACAUUUAGAAAUGCUAGGAGAAUGAAUUACAGUUUUUAUAAGUUUGGUGGGUUGUUUUUUUUUUUUAUUUUGGUAUUAAAAACAUUCAUGUGUCUCUGUCCCUUAAAAUUGAUAAUCAUGUUUAAAGU